GCCAACGGUCAACAGUCGCUGUGGUGAGGAGUCUGAGGAGAAUUUGUGCUGUUUCUGUAACGUUAACGCUUCACAAUGAGGGAAAUUGUUCAUCUGCAGGCUGGUCAAUGCGGGAACCAGAUUGGUGCCAAAUUUUGGGAGGUGAUCAGUGAUGAACACGGUAUCGACCCAACCGGCUCCUACCACGGUGACAGCGACCUGCAGCUUGAACGGAUCAACGUCUACUACAACGAGGCUACAGGUGGAAAGUAUGUUCCCCGGGCUGUGCUUGUGGACCUGGAGCCAGGGACAAUGGACUCUGUAAGAUCUGGUCCAUUUGGGCAAGUGUUCAGACCAGACAACUUUGUAUUUGGUCAAAGUGGUGCAGGAAACAACUGGGCAAAGGGCCAUUACACAGAGGGAGCUGAGCUGGUGGACUCAGUCCUGGAUGUGGUGCGAAAGGAGGCAGAAAGCUGUGACUGUCUGCAGGGCUUUCAGCUCACCCACUCACUGGGUGGGGGUACUGGCUCAGGCAUGGGAACGCUGCUAAUCAGUAAGAUUCGAGAGGAGUAUCCUGAUCGCAUAAUGAACACAUUCAGCGUUGUGCCAUCCCCUAAGGUCUCAGACACUGUAGUGGAACCGUACAAUGCUACUUUAUCUGUCCAUCAACUGGUGGAGAACACAGAUGAAACAUACUGCAUUGACAACGAGGCACUGUAUGACAUUUGUUUCCGCACUCUGAAACUCACAACGCCAACAUACGGUGACCUGAACCAUCUGGUCUCGGCCACCAUGAGUGGGGUAACGACCUGCCUGCGUUUUCCUGGCCAGCUAAACGCUGACUUGAGAAAACUUGCGGUCAACAUGGUGCCCUUCCCUCGGCUGCACUUCUUCAUGCCUGGUUUUGCACCUCUGACCAGCAGAGGAAGCCAGCAGUACCGUGCCCUCACCGUGCCUGAAUUAACACAGCAAAUGUUUGAUGCCAAGAAUAUGAUGGCAGCGUGCGACCCACGCCAUGGCCGCUACCUGACCGUGGCUGCUAUCUUCCGAGGUCGCAUGUCCAUGAAAGAAGUAGAUGAGCAGAUGCUCAAUGUGCAGAAUAAGAACAGCAGUUACUUUGUUGAAUGGAUCCCCAACAACGUCAAAACUGCAGUGUGUGACAUCCCACCUAGAGGCUUGAAGAUGGCUGCCACCUUCAUUGGCAACAGCACGGCCAUCCAGGAGCUGUUCAGGCGCAUCUCUGAGCAGUUCACUGCUAUGUUUAGGCGAAAGGCCUUCCUGCACUGGUAUACAGGAGAAGGAAUGGACGAGAUGGAGUUCACCGAAGCAGAGAGCAACAUGAAUGACCUGGUGUCCGAAUACCAGCAGUACCAGGACGCCACGGCUGAAGAGGAGGGCGAGUUUGAGGAGGAGGCAGAAGAGGAGGUGGCAUAAAGAUGUUUUUUUUGUUUAGUAACCAGUUCUUUCUGUGUAUAUGUUUUUCCUGUUCUUUUAAUGCUGGGAUCUUAACACUGUUUUAAUGUCAGUCAGUCAGAUAAUUGAACAUUUCAUUAAAUUAUCUUUGAUAGCUUC